AUGGGUUGAUGUUUUUCCUUCGGCGCUGCGUUAGUAUGCGUCGGUUCGCUGCCGCGUGUGUGUGCACGUGCAAGCGCAUAUGUUUGAGUGGUGGUUUGCCGCAGUCGAAGGUCUAGGUUGAGUUUCAGUUCAACCCUCCGAAAGAAAACGCCACAAUUCACCAGCAGAACUCCGCUGAACGCUCCCGAGACCCUUUUUUGUCUAGUGUGGUGUGGUGUGGUCCUGUCCUGUGAAGGCGGCCCGAUUGUUUGUGCGAUUUUUUAUCGCUCGACACUAAUUAAAAGUAAACAUCCUGGGUGACAGACCUUUCGGUGAGUGCACGGAAGAGGCAACAGCGACAGCGGCAACGAAAAGUGGAAACGCAACCCUCUAAUCGGGUGAAUGUGGUUGUGGGGGUGCUCCAAAGGUCUCGGAGUGUUGUAAAAGCCGCAAUCUUGGGCUUUUUCCUUAGCAACAGGGAAAGAAAAACAAUCGCAUCCUCCCUCCCCUGGCACGGUCGAACAAUGGACGAUUAUAUGCCAUCGCGCUAUCAGCUGCUCGGCAGAAUCGGCGAAGGAGUCCACGGUGUCGUCGUAAAAGCGCGCGACCUGCAGUGUGAUGACAAGAUGGUGGCCAUCAAAAAGCUAUCGCUGCGGACAAAGUUCGGGGUUGUGUCGCUAAACACGGUCCGGGAAAUCCGUGCCCUGCAGCACUGCCGAUGUGACAAUGUGCUGGAGCUGCUCGAUAUGUACCCGGAUCUGGCCGGCAUUUCGUUGGUGUUCGAGUACAUGCCGCACACACUGUACAGCAAGCUGAAAGACGAAGAAAACCCACUAUCUCGUGCCACCGUACGGCGCUACACGGGGAUGUUGCUGAAGGGACUUGCGUACCUGCACGGAUUGCGCCUGAUGCAUCGUGAUAUUAAGCCGGCCAACCUGCUCAUCGAUCGGCACGACGUACUUAAAAUAGCUGAUUUUGGGUUGGCCCGCAUCUACACGGAAUCGAGCGGCCAGCAACCGGCCAAGUCCUAUUCGCCGCAAGUCGCUACCCGAUGGUACCGGGCGCCCGAAAUUCUAUGGGGCUGCCAGCGGUACGGUCCCUCGAUAGAUCUGUGGGCGAGCGGGGCCGUGUAUGCGGAGAUGCUCCGUGGCGUUCCGUUGUUUGCGGGCGCAACCGACAUCGAGCAGCUGGCGCUUGUUGUUCGUACGCUCGGCACUCCAAACCAGAAGGAUUGGCCCAAAGUGCGAAGCCUUCCGGAUUAUAACAAAAUCCGCUUUCCGAAUGCGCGCGGCGAACGGUGGGAAGACAUCUUCCCGAGCUGUACCACUCGCGACGAGAUCAGCCUGGUCGAUGGGCUGGUGAGGUAUAAUCCUGCAAAGCGUCUCACGGCCGAAGAGGCUUUACUUCAUCCCUACUUCACUGACGCAGCGGCGAGUGAAAAUUAAUUCGCAACAGGCAUUCUGCAUCCUGCUGUCGUCCCACCGUACACCAACAACGUCCCCUCUCAACCCCCCACGGGUACAGGAUUUUAAACCCCCUUCGGAAAAUGCUGGUCCUUCAGGGAGAGUGGAUAAAGCAGCAAACUCCUGACAAUUUCUACUCCAUCGUUCCGCUGGAGACAACGGAGCAGCAAGUUGAAUUUCCGUAGGCGAUUCUGAAGUCCUAAGCGUAGGAGCUUGCUACACAUAGCCCGGCUGUGCAAUGUAACGGAACGCAGCACACGCAACGCGCACUGCCCGUGUGUCGUUGGUGCCUCUUCAGGCCCCAUGUGGAACAAUGGGCAGACCUCAUGUAAGGCAAGCAACAAAAAAGCAGAAACAAAUAAUACGAAACUCAAAGAUAGCACACUCGGGUGCGUCCGUUUUCUCCGGGGGCACAGUGCGCGCUAGUUGGGACACCGUCUACCAGCAACACCGUUCUUAGUUUCGUGCAAUCGGUUCAGCUUCAACGCUCUUUCCACCAUUUUUUGUUGAUGUGGGCCCGAUGCUCCAAACGCAGACUGUGAACCAUUAAACGACAAUGAACUUUCUCUCACUCUGUUGCUCCCAAUUACUUGAGGCGUGAUGUGCGGUACUCACUGGUUGGACGCUGUGUGAAAAGGUGAAAGGUGCCUGCCUGCCAGCCUGCAGAAGAUGCCGCAAGUCAGGAUCGCAAACCGACGGAUGAAAGUGGCUACUGGCUGUGCAGAAGAGCACUAGAUUACGGCCCUGUACGGCCACCAAAUCCAAGCAAUUAUGCCGAACUUUCUUGCCAGCCAUGCAGGAGCAUCAUAUGUCACAGAGGGGCGUACGUAUCGUUGGCCAAGCGUAUCGGUUCAAGCGUACUGGCGAUGAAGAAAAAAAAAUAAUUCAAUGUACUUCGUCGACCAGCUGGCAUAAAGCAUUUCCAAGGUGCGUAUCAGUUUCUAUUCCAUAAAGCGUAGAGCGACUCGAAAAAAAUAAAUCAUCUAUAAUUGUUAGACGCUCCCAAAAAAAAAAUCUCCUUUAUUUAUUGAAUCAAUCACUGAUUAAUGCUCAACCAUCACGUUCAAUCAAAUCAGGAACAACUGGCUACAAAUUCGCACCAAAUUUAAGCAGCUUGGGCGCUCACCGAACCAACCUGUCCGAUAGUAGUGAUCAAGCCAUUAAGCUUUCGAGUGGAAUGUUUUAACUGAGACUAAUUCAAUUUUUCAUUCGUUUUAAACGUGCCGUACCAACACCCAACAGGCUAAACGAGAGCAGCGCCUUGCAGUUGCGACAGUAACAUCUCCAUUUCAAUCCUGAAGCGUGGCUGUUAUCUUCGACACGCUACCAUACACCAACAUUCAUUUAUUUUCAUCGAAAAGUUCCGAAAGGCAAUUUUGAGCCCACGACUUUAUCUCACCAAAAAUCUGUUCUAAAUCUCGGGCAUUUUUUUUCUUUGGGCUAAACUAUGGGAUAAUUCAAUUUGAAUAAUGACCCUACAUCGAUGUAUAGGCUUAGAAAUUAAGUAUUACCGGCAAGAAUGUAAUUAGUCCUUUUGAUGCGUAUUUUAAAGCACUUCACAGCGCUACAAAAAAGUAUUGGUAAAAGUGACCAAUCUUUGCCUUGUUCUUAAAUGUCUUGGAGGAUUUUGUUGUUGUUGUUUUUCGUUGUUAGUACUCCGAUGCGUUUUUGUUACAAACUGGUCAAUUUAUCUCUCGAGAAAGACCCGCAGGUCUAAAUCACCACCAAGUUGGGAUGAUAAAAAGUUGAAUUAUUAAUCAUGGAUUUUACCUUGUCACACGCGGCAUCUCUUUUUCGCGAAUCCCUUUUCUUCGGGGGGACCCCCGACACCGUCAGAAAAGUUAGAGAGGGUCUUCCUCCGCGAAACUUUUCUUACGCAUUUCGGUGUGUUUGUGACCGUCUUCGCACCAUUUUUGCCCCUUUACAUCGAAUCGGCAAAAGUGCUUUGCGCGGUGUUCCGUGCACAGAUGCUUCAUUUCUUGCCAUACUGUUUUUUUUUUUUUUAUUUCAGUAAACCAUUCCCGUCCUUACGUUUGUGCAUCAGAUGAAGCACCAACCUCCUGGACUUUGUAGUUGACGCAUAAAAAUUAAAUAUUUAACCUCAAAAUGGUGUCGUUUAGCGCCAUUGUUGCGUGGCGUCUGUGUCUGUAUGUUGGGCCUUUUUGAUAUUGUUUAAACUUCAUGCCAACUGGCAGCUUGUUUCGUCAGAGGUUUUCGCAGUUCACACUAUGAGAUUAUCUAGAACAAAAUGUGAUAAAAGCAAUCUUUAAAUAUGUUUCGCUCCUUUAUAUGACGUGAUUAUGUCCUCUUGUAGAUAUGUACUAUCACUGCACGUAUGUGUCAUCGUAGGUUCAUAAUAUUUUAAAUAUAUCGGAAAUUUUACAAAAUAAGGUAAAAAGUAGAAUUCAAAGCACCAUCUUUCUCUCGGAGUAUCAAAUUUAAAAAAAAACAGCUGAACACAGUAGCGGAUCAACCUAGGAGCGGAAAGUGCGACCGCUCGGGGGCUCGUUGGUCAGAGGAGCCUCAUCGGUGAGGGAAAUCUUGUUGAAAUUGUUUCUUUCUAAUCACAAUUUGAGGGGCCUCAACUGCCAUUCUGCUCGAUGCCUUCAAAUAUCUUGACCUAAAUUGGCUAAACGUCAAGCAUAUCCGAGACGUUUAAUCCUUCUACGACUGGUACAGAAAAGAAAAUGUCUUCCAACUAAUAUAAGUCGGAAUCGGAAUAAUAUUUUUUUAUAAUGGUAAUAAAUGGUGCUCAAUUGUCCAGCUCCACAAGAUUCUUCUGAAUGUUGUACGCCUCCCCAUGUACGCUGGGUUGACUAUUUUUCUACGGGUAAAAUCAACGCCAUCGCUCCAUCUCAAUUUGUCUCAAUAAGUGUCUUCGUGUUAAAAACAAUGCCUUAGUCCUGAUCUUGACUGAUGAAAUUUUUGUUUUUGUUUUACCAAGAUGUUACAGGAAAUUAUAUAAGGUAAUGUUAUCUUUAUUUAACCAUUGGCUAGUUAUAACUCAGUAUAUCUCAAAGAAGACGGGAAAAUUAACUUUAGUCUCGUUUUAGUAAUAUCUUUUCAAAACACUUUUAAUUGUUGUAGUAUGCUUCCCGUCCCGGACCCAUCGUCCCAACCCCACGACGUUCCCGAAUCCCGUACGGCCAACAGAACCUUUUACCCCCUACCGAGUUCACCCGGGAUAAGGUGCAUUUCAAUGGAGGGAAAAGGAAAUGGCUCCCACCAAAAUAGCAUACAAGAUCUAUGAUUUAUUUUUGUUACUAUUCAGUAUAGUCGAUACGAUGUACGGCCGGGCCGUCACUACAUUAAAUUUAAAAAAAAUUGUAGUAGAAUCAACGGCCCUCCCGGCCCAUAGUGCUAACAAUGAGCGGACAUUGAUGGUUAAACUCAACCGCAUUUCGCUGGCCGAAUCCUGGAACGUACUUUUCUCGCUUCAUAGUACAUUCUCGUGGCUUUCCACUCAACGUUUCCCAGAAGUGUCAUUGGGAGUCGCGUUGGACGAUUGUUUUCUGACUUUUUCCCCGUACUUUCGCGUGUGCGGAUUGGACUUUUUUUUUUCUUGCUCGACGGUGUAAUGCGGCAAUGUGCAAGAUAAGAUUGCCAGCGCAUAUGCCAGCCAAUAGGGAUGGUCUCCCCUUCUGCUGCUGAACUGUAAAGUUUGAUUCUGUCGAUAUCUCCCAAAAAAUACCUCCAUUUUACGAUUUUAUUACACGACACCGACUUUGCUUUCACACUACCAAAGUGUUUCUUCGCCCUUUUUAUGGAAUCCAGCGGUUGGCCGUUGCUGCUUGGCCAGGUCCAGGCGUACGCUAUAAAAAUAAACUAACGAUUCUAUCGGCCCAACAAAGCAUGAUUAAGGACGAGGCGCAAUUCGGCAAGGAUUCCGACUCCGCCGACCAAAGCAAGGUGCAACACCGAAAAGUCGAAAGAUCACGCAACACGAUAGGUAUUCGUUUGAAGGCCGAAAGGGAGACAGAGACAAAAAACACUUAAAAAGAAAUUAAAUGAUUCCAUUUGAUGAAGAUACGAUAAUCGUGACAGCCAUUGGCACCGGAGAAAACGGAUUCGAUUUCACUAGACCGUGACCAGCGGGGAAGUUAUCCCAAUGUCCCCGCAGUGUGUAUACGCAUCAUUUUGUUGGUCGGCUUUUUAUUUUCGCGAUUGUACGAACAGAAACGAAACCAAAAAAAGUAUACGCCAGCCUUUAGUAUUAGCAAUGGGUUAGGCGCCGAAAACUUUCCCGGCUCCGAAAGGGAAGAACCUCAACACUUUUUGUUAUCUUUUUGCUUGUGUUUGUAAAAUAUUCCUUUUCCCUUUUAUUUUUUUUGCAAAUGCAUACUUCACCACAAAAAACACACACAAACACACACAAACACACUUCCGCACACUAACAGCAUGUGCAAGCAUGGACAGUGGAGCGUGGUGAUCGCGUAUAAAAAUGGCGACCGAAAAAAUCAAACCCGACACACAUAAACCCGGAGGUCCAAUAUCUGCGUCUGGGAGCACCAUUAACGGACAGAUGUUAUCCUUUCGGUCCACCGUUCGGGACCCAAGGAGAAGAUGUUCCGAUUUUAUUUCCAUUCUUUGUGACGGGGUUUUUAUUUUUUGUCGUGGUCACUACCGCAGCCGCCCGAGACAAACGCGGGGACCUCAUAACGAGCAACGAAGCCCUUGAGUUUUGGAUCAAAUUCCCUUUGCCACUACCAACGUCCACCCAGCCUUCGCGUUGAGACAGUUUCGUGGUAAUUCAAUCAGCAAUCACUUCUCCGGUUCGUGUUCCCUGCGAGCGAAUGCUUGGAGUGCGAUGUAUAGGGGUGCGAUUUUGUGCGAGAUUUUACAUUGCGCCCCUGGAUAUGCUGUUCAUCCAUGGCUUACAUGCAAACUACGGGCCAGCGAUGCUUGGCGAAACGGUCACUCUAUUCGGAUACGGAGCCCCCAACAACGCUGCGCUUAUCUACGGACGGACAAGUUUGAACCAUGAAGAACAUCACACACAAAAAAUGGAAAAAAGAAGAAGCAGCAUCUUCAAUAUUUGAGAUGCUGUCCAAACACAGGAAACCAAGUUUGUGGAAAGCUUCGUCGUGUAUUUAUUUCUUGAUUUCCAACUUUAAAGUUAGUCCGGCGGCGGCGUCGGCGGCUGGGGCUUCUGCUUCAAUUCAGCCAUAAAAGCGCACAC